UGCACCCAGCAGGCUUUCAGCGCAGCUUUCCAGUAAAGCUAAAGCUCUCUCAACCGUGAUUUCAUUUCCAGCAGGACUAAGUCAGUUUGGUCAGUUUGCAGUUCAUCGUUUACAGCAAGCUGCACCAUCGAUGGGGUUGGUAAAAAGAGGGAGGCACAGCAGAUGUGUUUUUCUUGGCUGUUAAAAUCUGGAGAGGAGUUUCAGUAGGCAGAGAAAGCUACAACCUGGCAACUUGAAAAAGAAGACGAGGACAGAAUCUGAAGGACGCUGCAUAGAAUCAUACAGUCCAAGGUAAUCAUGCAAGCUGGAGGAUGCCAACGGGGCAGCGUUGUUCUGUUUACAUUGGCUAUACUGGUCCUGUUGAUGGUCUGCACAGUCCUGGGCUGUCGGAUUGGCUCAGGGUCAGAGUGUGAGAAAGCCCCUUUUGUCCCGGGCCACAACCUGGCAGGGGAGGGUUUUGAUGUGGUACGGAUGCGUCGUACAGGGGCAUACGUCAUCAAUGUCAAAGCUCACCUGGCUGACAACCGCACCUGUACACUGUGUCCAAACCGUUUCCAAGGAGGACAGAUUCAGAGGCUCCCAGCUGCAGUGCUGGACUGGCGUCCCUUCAGCCGCUGUAGUAAGCAGCUUUCGAGCGCCCUCCACCACUCUGUGGACUCCCUGCUGCGCAGCUCCAGCUCCCUGGUGAACAACAACUGGGGCCUGGGCUUGAGCUUAGAUAAUAUUGGAAAUGGAGUGCUGGGAGGAAGUCGCUCUGACUUGGCUAAGUUUGCUCGUUCGCAGCACAGUGUGGACAAGGCCACUUUCGCCAUACAUGAAAUCAGUUGCACCUACUACAGCUACAGGCUGGCUGACCAUCCACAGCUGAGCGCAGAGUUCACAAAGCAUCUGAAGAGACUCCCACAGAGCUUAAACACAAGCCAGAACAAAGCCCUGUAUAGACGGUUGAUAGACACCUAUGGAACACACUACAUACACCAGGUGCAGCUUGGUGGUAAGGUGAAGCGAAUCACCGCCUUCAGGACCUGCCUAGCCACACUGAAGGGUUUCUCAGAGACCGACAUAAAAAACUGCCUGAAUUUUGAACUACGGAUGGCUCUCGGUUUCCUCCCCGGCAAUGCUUCCUUCUCCAACAAGUGCGACAACCUCCUUAAGGGUAACAUGAGCAUGGGCUUCUACCAAGGCUUCAUGACCCACAAGAUUGAGGUGAUAGGAGGGGAGAGGUACUUCCCCGACAUCCUCUACCACGAUGACCCAUCUGAAGCGUACCAGAGCUGGAUGAGUAGCCUCCAUGACAACCCUGAUGUGGUUUCUUACGCCAUCUUCCCUCUGCAUCACCUGGUGGAGGACUCACAGAUCAGUGCUAAUCUGAGAAGCACUAUCACAGAGUACAUCAAAGAUAACCAGCUGCAGGAGGACCUGCUUGGUUUAAAGAACUGCUCCCCGACUCCCAACCUGGACCACAACUGCUGUCCUCUGCGUGCUGGUAGAGGAUCUCUCAGACUGGAGAUCCACAGAGCUGCAGGUCUGAGGGCGGACACCUUCACAAAAACAGACGCCUAUGUGAAGAUCUUCUAUAACGGCAUUUACGAGGAGACCGAGACGGUGAUGGACAACAACGACCCAGUGUGGAAUGUGACUUACGACUUUGGAUCGGUGGAACUGGGUCAAGAGCUGAGGUUUGAAGUCUGGGACAGAGAUGUUCUUUACAAUGAUGUAGCAGGUAGAUGUCUUGUCUUCCCUGAGCGAGGAACUCACUCUCUAAGCUGUCAGCUGAGCAAAGGAGUUCUCUACUUCACCUACAGCAUCAAAUGUGAUGCUCACUUAACAGGCUUCAGGUGUGGACGAUACUCCCCCAAUGCUUAGUAGAUUAUUAGAUUAUAGCGUUGAUAUAGAUAUUAGCAGUUUCUUAAUGUUAAAACUUUCUAGUUUCAGAUAUUCAUUUCCCUUGCAUUUUAAACCGGAAACAUCUGUCUUUAACCCAAUUUUAUAAUGUUAAGUUUCGAAAAUCAUUUAGUAUUCAUUCUUUAAAAAAAAAAAAAAAGUCAUCAGUUGUCGAUGCCAAUGUCUUGUAAUAUUUCAGUAUUAACUAACCAAAGUGCUCGCAAUAAAGUGUUGGUGUUUUUGUCUUA